AUGGCAGACGUGCUCCUGAGCUUCUUCCGCAGCUCGUUGCCAGACGAGCUCGCCGCUGUCCUGGAGGAUGUACUCAAGGCGACCGAAUCAGGCGAUUUCUUGGCGGUUUUCCAGCAUCCGGAAGUGCAAGUGCUGCUUGGACAUGGAGAAAACGAAGCCACGAAAGAUGUGAAGAGAAGUGAUUUUGGAAUCUGGAGCGAUUAUGUUUUCCAUCGGCUAGGCUUAAUCCUAUCGAAACGCAAUGAAGAGCAAGGAACACCAAUCACGGAAACCGCGGCGUAUCGACAACAUCUGGUCUUCCUUGUAGCAGUCGCGGCGCUGUAUGCGUUCAUACAGUCUACUGUUACGGGGCCGCCACUUCCUUUCAAAUCCGCGGAAGUGGUACUACCGAAAGAAGUAUCGGGUGACACUAAAGCACUCAGCAAGACUCGAGCGGAUUUGAUCGCAUCUCUGAGUGCGGAUGGUGUUGCAGCGUACAAGCUCACACCAAACAUUGAACUGCUAUGCUUAGCCGAGACCAUCCUGAUCUGCCCACCGAUCCAGAAGAACAUCGACAUCUCAGCCUGGGCGCGAUUACGGACAAAUUUUAUGCACCAGAGGCUACUGAGCGAGCCGGCGUCAAGCUUGCAAGAUGCGAUAUACGAGGACGUCAAAAUUGUGGAAGAUUUGAUACUGAACUCUGGGAAGAAGGAUGAAAUCAAGGACUUGUACACGAACUUCAUCCUCGAACGAGCUGCGAUUAACACUCAUCAUGGCCUCGACAAGAAGGCAAAAGCGGACUUGGAUCAUGCAACUACAGAGCGCAAGUUUGAAUUUGCAUUGACUGGAAUGAUGGGCAAGAGGACAAAGUUCCAGCAGAAAGAUACGAGCCAACUGCUUGUACUUGCACGGAGUGUAGGCACACAAACGAAUGGCACGUCAAGCGAGGCUUCGAAACCAAAAGCGUUGGAUCUGAAUGACGAUACUCUGCAUGAGUCCAUUCAGUUCACGGAGAACGUGGCAUCGAUGGAUAUCAAGGACGAUUCUUCACUACCUGCUGGACUUGCAGAGCUGGAUCCAGCAAACCAACCACUGCUCGAUCCGCUGGACUCAGUGAUUCUGCUUUCGCUGGCUGAAGGCAUCAAAAACACGAAUCCUGCAGAUGGCAUUACGAGAGAGGAGACGAUACCUUAUGCGACAAGAGUGCUGGAAGGUGGCAGCUCGAAUUGGCAGGUGUACACGCAAGCUCUUCUGGUGCGGAGUCGCAUUGAAGGCUACAAGUCGAGGACUAUGGAGCGAGUCGAUCAAGUCAUUGCAGAGACUUCUGGCGAGGGCACGACAGACGCUGAGACGAACGAAAAGAUCACAUCGUUCUUGCCGCAAGCGAAGGACGACGAGGCGGCGUCAGUGAGUGAGCGUCUUCGAUAUGUUUUCGCACUUGGCUCGCCGUCAAGAUGGGAGCUAGAAGCUGAGUUGGCUGCGCGAUGGGUACAUGUCGGCGGUCUGCGAUCUGCUCUUGAUAUCUACGAGCGUUUGGAGAUGUGGGCCGAAGCAGCGUUAUGUUGGGCUGCGACUGAGAAAGAAGACAAGGCUCGUAGGGUGAUGCGGAGACAACUCUUCCACGCAACAAACGGCAACGAUGAAGAUGUGGAUUUGGAGUCUGAGAACUGGGAAGGACCAGCGCGCGAUCCUCCUCCUGCUGAAGCACCGCGCUUUUACUGUAUCCUUGGCGACAUCGAAAAAGAUCUCUCCAUGUACGACAAAGCAUGGGAGGUCUCAGGCAGCCGCUAUGCUCGCGCCCAACGCUCUUUAGGUCAACAUUACAUCGCAGCACGCAACUACGAAAAAGCAGCUGAAGCCUACUCCCUAUCCCUAAAAGUCAACUCUCUCUACCAACCCGCCUGGUUCGCCCUUGGCUGCUCCCAACUCGAACUUCUCCAAUUCAAAAACGCCGUCGAAUCCUUCUCCCGCUGCGUGCAACUCGACGACACCGACGCAGAAUCCUGGUCCAACCUCGCCGCCUCCCUGCUCCACCUCCGCCCCAAGACCAGCACCAACGAAGCCGGCGAAGACCAACGCGUCACAAACCACCCCCGCACCGACGCCCUCAAAGCCUUCCGCCGCGCCGCCACCCUCAAACACGACAACUUCCGCAUCUGGUCCAAUGUCCUCGCGACCGCAGCCUCCACCACCCCGCCCUCCUGGCCCGACGUAAUCAACGCCCAGCGCAGCAUCUGCGAGUUGCGCGGCGCCACAGAUGGCGAAAAGUGCGUCGACGCCGAGAUCCUCGACAUGCUGAUCAAAGACCUCGUGCGCUCGGAGGAUGGCUUCGAUAUUGCACGCCCCGGCUUGCCGCGCAUGGCGAACGAGCUAGUGGAGAAAAAUAUCAAGCCGUUGAUCACUCACUCGCCCAAGUUGUGGGGUGUGUUGGCGACGAUGUACACGCAUACCCAACGCCCCGCGUCCGCGCUCGAGUGUCAUGAGAAGGCGUGGCGCGCGGUUACUAGUCAGCCAAAGUGGGAGGAGGGGACGGAAAAGCAGUGGGACGCGGUCGUGCAGCAGACGAUUGAUCUUGUGGAUGCGUAUGAGACGCUGGGGCCGAGGGAGAGGACGGAGGGACUGGCGGCGGGGAGUGGGGAGGUGGUGGCGAAGGACUGGAAGUUCAAGGCGAGGAGUGCGGAAUAG